AUGUUUUAGAAAUUAUUUUAAUAAGUAUCUGAAUUCUAAAUAGAGGGACAGCCUAAUUUAGUUAGAUUCUCAAUUAGCGCCAAUGAAAAAUCAAUAGUCUUAUGGCUAUAGUUAAAUGAAAAUAGAUUCCUUACACUCGACAGAUUGGAUGGCACUUGGAAAUCUAGAGAAUAAUAAUUUUCGAUUUCUGGUAUUGGUCAACCUUUUAAACUGUAUUUGAAUGAAAAAGGGAACAUUUUGAUUAUGUAUGAUACCGCCAAAAGAUAUAUAUACACUUGGCUUAGAUUGCACAUGAAUUAGAAUUGGUUAUUACGAAGUACUUUGGAUCUAUAAACACAAAUCAAUACUACAUCAGAUGUCAACUGCUUUUUUUUUAAGAAUCAAAUUUUUAUAGAUCACUAACAUACCUUUUACAUCAUCAAGAGAUUGGGUCAAGAUUUUAAAAUUAUAAAUAAAAAGAUCUUUAAAUACAAUGACUUUAUGAAUUGCUUAACUUACGGUUAUGAAAAGGAUGUGUUAGCUGAAGUUACAGACUCAACUGUGUAUUUUUGGAGAGAGGAUCCGAAAACAUGGAUAAAAGAAAAACCAGCUUUCUAUGAUUGUGAAAUCAUACCUCAUUAUUCAUGCUUUUAAAGAAAUGAAGUCAAGGCAUUUGUAAAUGGAGCAGUGUGGAUGAUAACCUAUCCAGAAAGAGAAUUUAUUGCUUAUGAAGAUGAGAGAAUAACAAAAUGUGUUACACAAUCAGCUUUAAAUUAUUUCUUUCAAUUAGAAGAACCUACCAAAAAUUCAGAAUAGUAUAUUCACUUUUGGCAUAGAGAAAAUUAAUCUUAGAAGAAUUUUAAUUAUGAAAAGUUAAAUUUUACUGCUGUAAACAUUUUAUUGGGACAAAAUGGAAAUGUCUUUGUAGCUAUGAUAAAAUCAGAGCAGUUCCUUAAGAUAUAAAUUUAUGAAGGUUUGUAAACUAGGGAAUAAUUACAACAAAUUAUAUGA